AUGCCCGCUGUCGAUGUUUCUUCAGUUCCUGCCGUCUCUGGCAAGGAGACCGCCCAGGCCGUCGCUGUCCUCGAGGACUUGAUCAAGAACCUCAACAUCUCGACAAGCCAGGAUGAGGUCAACGCUGCCACCGAUAACCUCGCCCACUACUUCAGCGGUCCUAUCCCUGAGCAGACUCUGCCCAUCAAGGCCGUUGAGACCUUCCAGAAGCAGCUCUCCAACAAGAAGGAUGCUACCGCUCGUGAGCGUGCUUGCGAGGCCAUCCGCGCUAUCGCCGCUCACCAGACCAUCGCCCCCGGUGUCGAGCCUCACCUUGUCACUCUCCUUGGUCCCGUUCUCGCCGCUUCCGGUGACAAGAUGGUCCCUGUUCAGAAGGCCGCUGCGGCCGCUGCCGUUGCCAUCGUCCAGGGUAUUAACGGUAACGCUGUCAAGGCCGUUCUGCCCGUCAUCACCGAGUCUCUGCAGAACGCGCAGAAGUGGCAGGAGAAGAUGUGUGCUCUGGACUGCAUCAACUCGCUCAUCGAGUCUGCUCCCGCUCAGCUCUCCUUCCGUGUGCCCGAUCUGAUCCCGGUCGUAUCCGAGGCCAUGUGGGACACCAAGGCCGACAUCAAGAAGGCCGCCUACUCCACCAUGGAGAAGGUUUGCGGUCUCAUCGUCAACAAGGAUAUUGAGCGCUUCAUUCCCGAGCUCAUCAAGUGUAUCGCUAAGCCUGAGAACGUCCCCGAGACUGUUCACUUGCUCGGUGCCACUACUUUCGUUUCCGAUGUCACUGGUCCUACCCUCGCUAUCAUGGUCCCCCUACUUGACCGUGGUCUUGUUGAGCGUGAAACCGCCAUCAAGCGUAAGACCGCCGUCAUCGUCGACAACAUGUGUAAGCUCGUGGACGACCCUCAGAUUGUCGCUCCCUUCUUGCCCAAGUUGAUGCCUCGUCUCGAGAAGAACUUCGAUACUCUGGCCGAUCCUGAGGCUCGUGAGAAGACCAAGCAGGCCUUGGAUACCCUCAUCCGUGUCGGUGAUGUCAAGGAUGGCAAGAUUCCCGAGAUUUCCACCGCCGGUGAUGUCUCUACCGUCUCCGCUAUCCUGAAGGAUAUCCUUUCCCCCAAGUACAAGGCUCAAAUCGAGAAAUCUGAGGCUAUCAUCAACUACGUUGCUGCUAUUUCUGGUCAGCUCGUCGAUGAGAAGGAUGUCGAGGUUGUCAGCUGGACCCAGAACGCUGUUCCUUACAUCUCUGCCAUUGUUGGUGAGACUGAGGCCAAGACUAUUGCUGAGACUCUCCGCAAGCGUGCCUCUCCUGGUGCUGCUGAGGCCGAUGCCGUCCUCUCUGAUGAGGAGGAGGGUGAGGAUCUUUGCAACUGCACCUUCUCCCUGGCUUAUGGUGCCAAGAUCCUGCUGAACCAGACUUCUCUCCGUCUCAAGCGUGGCCAGCGCUACGGUCUUCUCGGACCCAACGGUACCGGAAAGACCACUCUCAUGCGUGCUAUCAACAACGAGCAGCUGGAGGGUUUCCCCAAGAAGGAUGAGGUCAAGACCGUCUACGUCGAGCACGACCUGGACGCCGCCGAUACUGAGCAGACUGUCAUUGGCUGGACCAUGAAGAAGCUUCGCGAGGUCGGUAUCGAGAUCCCUCAGGCCGAGGUCGAGUCCAAGCUCGAGGAGUUCGGUUUCCUCCGUGAGCAGUUCGAAGGACCCAUCACCUCUCUGUCCGGUGGAUGGAAGAUGAAGCUGGCUCUUGCCCGUGCUGUGUUCGAGAAGCCCGAUAUUCUGUUGCUUGACGAGCCUACCAACCAUCUGGACGUCAAGAACGUUGCCUGGCUCGAGAAUUACCUUUGCACCUCCCCCUGCACUUCCAUUAUUGUCUCCCACGACAGCAAAUUCUUGGAUAACGUUAUCCAGCACGUCGUCCACUACGAGCGCUUCAAGCUCAAGCGUUACCGUGGUAACCUGAGCGAGUUCGUCAAGAAGGUCCCCAGUGCUCGCUCCUACUACGAGCUCAGCGCCUCCGACAUGGAGUUCAAGUUCCCCGAGCCUGGUUUCCUUGAGGGUGUCAAGACCAAGGCCAAGGCCAUCAUUCGUGUCAGCAACAUGACCUUCCAGUACCCCAACACUCCUCGCCCUCAGCUUACCGACAUCACCUUCCAAAUCUCCCUUGGUUCCCGUAUUGCCGUCAUCGGUCCCAACGGUGCCGGUAAAUCCACCCUGGUCAACGUCUUGACCGGUGAGCUUAUCCCCACCACCGGUGACGUCUACCAGCACGAGAACAUCCGUAUCGCCUACAUCAAGCAGCACGCUUUCGCCCACAUCGAUAACCACCUGGACAAGACUCCCUCCGAGUACAUUCAGUGGCGUUUCCAGACCGGUGAGGACCGUGAGACCAUGGACCGUGCCAACAAGAUCGUCACCGAGGAGGACGAGAAGGCCAUGGACAAAAUCUACAAGAUCGAGGGUACCUUCCGUCGUGUCAUCGGUAUCCACUCUCGUCGCAAGUUCAAGAACAGCUACGAGUACGAGUGUUCGUUCGCUCUUGGUGACAACAUCGGCAUGAAGAGUGAGAAGUGGGUUCCCAUGAUGAGCACCGACAACGCCUGGAUUCCUCGUAGCGAGAUCAUGCAGUCCCACGCCAAGAUGGUUGCCGAGGUUGAUCAGAAGGAGGCCCUCGCCAGCGGUCAGUUCCGCCCUCUGGUCCGUAAGGAGAUUGAGAUUCACUGCGCCAACUUCGGUCUGGAUGCUGAGCUUGUCUCUCACUCCCGUAUGCGCGGUCUGUCCGGUGGUCAGCGUGUCAAGGUCGUCCUCGCCGCUUGCUCGUGGCAGCGUCCCCACGUCAUCGUCCUGGACGAGCCCACCAACUAUCUCGACCGUGACUCCCUUGGUGCUCUCUCCAAGGCUCUCAAGUCUUUCGAGGGUGGUGUUGUCAUCAUCACUCACUCCCGUGAGUUCACUGAGAACCUGACCGAGGAAGUCUGGGCUGUCAUGGACGGCAAGAUGACUCCCUCCGGCCACAACUGGGUUCAGGGUCAGGGUUCCGGUCCUCGUCUCCAGGACAAGGAGGGUCCCGAGGAAGUGACUGAUGCGUAUGGCAACAAGACUGUGGUUGAGAAGAAGAAGAAGCUCACUUCUUCUGAACUCAGAAAGAAGAAGAAAGAGAGGUUAGCCAGAAAGAAACGGGGAGAAGAGGUUUUCUCUGACGAAGAUGACUUUUAA